UCAGUGCUCCCUGUGUAAGCAAAAGUGCUAAUCUAAGUAUCGACUAGCCUAGCUAGCUGUUUCAUGUGUUUUAUGAGACUAAGUGAUAAUCGAGACCGCUAAAACAAAGCAAAUAUUGAUUCGGAAUAUUUAUAAACGUUGUUUAAACGAACUGUGGUCCGCGCAUUGCUAUGGCUUUGCAGGGCUCUGAAGAGAUAGGAGAGCAAAUCGAGGAGUCGGAGGAAUUAGAAGAGCAGGAUGUGAGCAUCUCUCCGGCCGAGGAAAUAACGUUACCCGCCGGGCCUGUGGUGGAGGACGAUUCCUCGGAUUCUCUCCUCUUACCAUGGGAUCGGUUUUCAACCUGGCUUCAUUGUAUUUGCGUUGUUGGGUUCGAUCUAGAACUCGGACAGGCGGUAGAGGUGAUCUACCCACACCAUUCCAAACUGUCAGAAAAAGAAAAAACAAGCAUUUGCUACCUGUCAUUCCCCGACUCAAAUUCAGGUUGUCUUGGAGACACACAGUUCUGCUUCCGCUUCCGCCAGGCCUCGGCCAGAAAGUCGUCAAUGGGAUGUUUCCUGGAGCAGUUUGACAGAGAUGCCCCCGUCUGCCUCAAGAGAGACCAGGGCCAUUACUAUGGUUACGUCUACUUCAGGCAAGUCCGGGAUAAGUCGCUGAAGAGAGGCUACUUUCAAAAGUCCCUGGUCCUGAUCAGCAAGCUGCCCUACGUCACCUUCUUCCACUCCCUGCUGAAGCUCAUCGCUCCGGAGUACUUUGAGAAGCAGGAGCCUUGUCUGGAAGCAGCUUGCAACGACAUCGACCGCUGGCCCACUCCACACCCAGGGAAGAUACUGACCUUGCCCAUCAUGGGCGUGGUCAUGAAGGUUCGGAUCCCGACCUGUUACGACAAACCAGGGACUUCUCAGCUUGUGCAGUCCACACAGAGCGAUAACCUGGUGUCCAUCGUGCUGCCCACCAUCCACGAGGUGGACCUCUUCAGGUGCUUUUACCCAGUAUUCUUCCACAUUCAGAUGUUGUGGGAACUGGUGUUGCUAGGGGAGGCACUUGUCGUCAUGGCACCGUCACCAGCCGAGUCCUCGGAUACAGUGCUGGCAUUGGUCAGCUGUGUCUCCCCCCUGCGCUACUGCAGUGACUUCCGUCCGUACUUCACCAUCCACGACAAUGAGUUUAAGGAGUACACCACCCGAACGCAGGCCCCGCCCUCUGUUAUCCUCGGCGUGACGAACCCCUUCUUCGCCAAAACCCUCCAACACUGGCCGCACAUCAUUCGAAUCGGGGACAUGAAGCAAGCAGGGGAGAUGGCCAAGCAGAUGAAGGUGAAGAAACUGAAGAACCUGAAGACGCUAGACUCCAAGCCAGGUGUGUACAGCGCGUACAAGCCGUUCAUCAAUAAAGACGAGGACAUCAUCAAGCAGCUGCUGAAGGGGGUUCAGCAGAAGCGUCCUUCUGAGGCCCAGAAUGCCAUCCUGCGACGCUACUUCCUGGAGCUGACUCAGAGCUUCAUCAUUCCAUUGGAGCGCUACGUGGCUAGCCUGAUGCCCCUUCAGAAAACCAUCUCUCCCUGGAAGAGCCCUCCCCAGCUGCGCCCCUUCAGCCAGGAGGAGUUCAUGAAGACCUUAGAGAAAGCCGGUCCUCAGCUUACCUCACGCCUCAAAGGAGACUGGAUGGGCCUCUACAGACAGUUCCUCAAGUCCCCCAACUUUGACGGAUGGUUCCGGAACAGGCGGAGAGAGAUGAUGCAGAAGCUGGAAGCCCUUCACCUGGAGGCCCUGUGUGACGAGGAUCUGCAGCUGCGCAUCCAGAAACACACAGAGGUAGAGACGGUGGACUUGGUUCUGAAGCUGAAAGACAAACUGACCCAAGCAGAAAAAGACCAGCUACCAGUCCAACCAGGGACCCUGGCCAAACUCCAGUCCCACAUCGAGGCUGUGAUCCUGGCCUUGCCCGAGGAUCUGCAAGGCAUCCUACACAAGCCCUCUACACCAUAAGACUGACAGCCCUCCUAGAGGUGCUUAGGGGCCCACUGACUGACCCAGUCCAGCUGAACUGAACACUAGAUUUUUAACUGUGUGUGGGGUUUUUUUCACCUCUUCACCUUUCUCAAUCUGCGUGCCCACAUCGUGCAAUGCUGGCAUUGCUGAGAGGAGGGAGAAAACAACCUGAAUGAUUAUGCAUUUAAGGAUCAUUCAGUUCAAGGUAAAAGCCAAGAAGUGCUUUAUACUGUAGAAAGGGCUGUGUGAUCAUAUAGACACACAUACACACACAGCAUAACUACCACCCACAUGGCUGAAGCUUCCAGAACAUUCUGGUGCUCUGUCUCUCUGGGCUCUGACCUGAACCAGGCCCUGCCUGCAUAGAGCCCUCGUCAAAAGGGAAAGAUUUAAGAGAUUUAUGACAGAAACUUCUACAAGCAUACGCCAAUAGCGAUCAGGUUCGUGUUUUUUUUGUUUUUUUACAAAAGGUGCAAUAAAGUCAUCCAAGUAUAGAUUUAAAGUCCAGAAUCCCAGGGUAUGUGGUGCCGGUUUUCAGUGAGAGAAACGGUAAGGUCUUGAUGUAUGAAGGAACACUAAGGCAUCACCAUGUUGGCCAAGGUGUCUAUUGUGGUCGAAUCUCAAAAGCUUUGCAUAGACUCCUGUCUUCCUCCCCCUAUUUGUUUGGAGUCAGGUACUAGAAGAUAAGAUUUCAGGUGCGAGUCCUUCGACGUGAGGAGAGAAGCUGCAAGGAAACCAAUGUAAGGCUUUUCAGAUUCAACAAGUGGCUUAAACGUUGCACUGCUGUGUCCCCAGGGCUGUCUACAGUCUACAAGAAUAUCUGACCAAGUUCUGUUUGUGAGACAGUAUUGCAUGGCACCCUCAUUGAGACCCUUAUCUUCCGAGUUGGGUCUAAAUUUGACAUUGAAAUGUCAAAAUGUUCACAACAUUUGGGGUUUUUUAAAUGGUGGUUUUGCAGAUAAACACAAGCAUUGGCAUAAUCGGCUGUGUAGAGUUAACAAAAACUUCUGACCUUGUGCCUUCUGUCUGACCAUUGACCAUUGUGUAUUAGAGCUGUUUCUAGGAUUUAAGUUGUGAUGCUUUGAGGUGUUGGUUGGGUUUUCUAAUUUUUCCUAUACUGUACUUUUUUGUCCUCAAAAUGGUUAACUUGGCGAGUGAGCUGGGAGACAGUGAAGAAAAAUCUUAAUUUCGUCUGCUGAAUCGGGACGUGUAGGACCUCACUACAGAAUAUAUGUUGUGCAUUAAGAUUUAGCCGUUUUUCCAACUGUAAACAACAUUUUGUUUUCGGAAAUAGAUUGAAAUGCAACAGUUACAUUCUGACUUAAUUGGUGUGUUCUAGAAUCCAUUAUAAUCGUCUAUUUUUGGAGAUCAUGCAGGUGCCUUAGUGGGGUAUGUGAUAGGAGAAACCAGAGAAGAAAACCAAAGACUGAUUUGUUUUAGGUUAUGUUGAAUAUCAGCACGUUUGAUCAUAAUGUGAAGGGUUUUGAAUGCAACUCAAUGUGAUGUGUUGUGACUGCAUCCAUACAUUAUGCGCACUCCUGGGAUAACGUUCUCAUUCUGACCGUAGAGAUUUUUAGGAAGCACCAUUCAAAUCAUGAAUUUUACUGAUGAUCUCUUCUUGGAGGAAAAUAAUGGUUGAAAAAACCUGUGACUAUCGGUUGUUGGGCAACCAUGUUUUAUAUGUCGAAAAUGCUUAUUUUAACAAGUUUGAAUUUUAUAUAGGGGGUUAUUCACAUAUUCCGCUCAUUGAUUAAUAGUGUUUUGUACAUAAAGUUGUAAAGAAAGAUUUAGCCCAUGCAUAAUGAUAAUUAUUUUACAGUGACAGAAGUUGUCUUACUAAUAAGGAGUAUGGCAAUAACUUCUAUGGGCUUUAAUGUUUAAUAUAAACUAGAAUAACGUUAACAAAAGCACAUGGUUAAGCUGUAACUUGGGUGUUCCUACAUAUUUUUUACCCUUAUAACGUUUCCUCAUAUAUGUUCUUUUUGUAUCAAAGCCAUUACCACUAAAUGUAGGCCGACCACUUUCUGAACUACUAAAACCAAUCGCUUUCAAUGACAGGAAGAUCUAUGAAUGAAUAAACAUCCAUCUCCCUGCA